AUGACUAAGGAAGUACCAUAUUAUUGCGAUAAUGAUGAUAACAACAUCAUUAGAUUAUUCAUUAUUAGGCAUGGACAAACAGAACACAAUGUAAAGAAAAUUUUGCAAGGCCACAAAGAUACCUCGAUCAACCCUACUGGAGAGGAACAAGCCGCUAAAUUGGGGCACUACUUGCGUUCAAGAGGUAUUCAUUUUGAUAAGGUUGUCAGUAGUGAUUUGAAAAGGUGUAGGCAAACUACGGCUUUAGUUUUAAAACAUUCCAAGCAAGAGGAUGUGCCUACUUCCUAUACUCCGGGGUUGAGGGAGCGUUAUAUGGGUGUUAUUGAAGGUAUGCAGAUUACUGAGGCUGAAAAGUACGCUGAUAAACAUGGCGAGGGCUCCUUCAGAAAUUUUGGCGAAAAAAGCGAAGAUUUUGUUGUUAGGCUAACUGGAUGCGUUGAAGAGGAAGUUGCUGAAGCAUCCAAUGAAGGUGUGAAGAAUCUAGCCCUAGUGAGUCAUGGAGGUGCUAUUAGAAUGAUUUUGCAAUGGUUGAAGUAUGAAAACCACCACGCUCAUAAGAUCAUUGUCUUCAACACCUCUGUCACUGUAGUUGAUUACGUCAAGGAUUCCAAGCAGUUCAUUGUGAGACGUGUCGGAAACACCCAACAUCUUGGUGAUGGCGAAUUUGUCGUCAGUGACUUAAGACUACGUUAG